AUGACGUACAGUCCAACUGAUCCUCCACUUGCCCAAUUAAUUAUCAAACAUAAAAUGCUGUGUGCUGCUCAAUGUGCAUAUGAAUAUCCUGAUUGUAAUACUGCUGUAUAUGAUAGUUCUGCUGUUCCUCAAUGUCUAUUAUUCAGUGCACCACUAGCACAAGUCAAUCUUAUCAGUUCUAUCAAUGCAGUAGUCUACGAUUUUCAAGAAAGCAAAUUUAGAGCUACGACUAGCACUACAACAACUUCGACGACGACAACUACAACAACAUCCACAACCACAACAACUACUACAACAACAUCAACUACAACCACAACAACAUCAUCUACAACAACAUCAACCACUACGACAACAACUACAACAUCAACAACAACUACAACAACCACUACGACAACAUCAACAACAACAAAAACAACCACUACAACAACUACGACAACAACAAAAACAACCACUACGACAACUACAACAGCAACUACUGUGCCACCUCAAUGUUCAAGUUAUACAAUGAUAACUAAUGGCGCAAGAAAUGUUUAUGAUACUUCAGGUGUAGGUUAUGGAUGUGAUGCUCAUGAUGCAAUAGCAACAGCAGGAUGGUAUCGCUUUUCUGGUGCAAGUGGGACAAGGCUUGCAAAUUAUGCUGUAUCACCAGGUUUGUGUGCUUCAGCUGCCAGCGGUUGGUAUGGUGGAACGUAUCCAUCUACAGCUGGCAGUACAAUAUCAGGUACUGUUUGUUACAAUUAUAGUGGUAAUACAUGUUAUUAUUCGAGUCCAAUAUCAGUAACAUAUUGUGCCGGUGGAUAUUACGUAUAUUAUCUUCCUCCACCACCAACAUGCGAUAUGCGUUAUUGUACUAUGUAA